AUGGAGAUCAAUACGGUUGGUGAAAACUCUUUCUCAUCAAGUGAUGAUGCCCGGGAUGAUCAUACUUGUGGUUUUAAAUGCAACAUAUGCCUUGAAUUAGCUGAUCAGGACCCAAUUUCAAAUAAGCUCCAGUGCCCUGCUUGUACGACUGUCAUUAAGGAGAAGAAGCUGAUCCCUAUCUAUGGAAUAGAAUCAGAUCGAAGAUCUCCUUCUGUACCGCCCGGUCUUAAAAUUCCAAAUAGGCCAUCUCCAUCUUCUUCAUCUUCAAAUAGACGAUCGUUUCGUCAAAUCAGAAACGCCGUUGCUUCAGCUUUCAGUGCUCCAUUUUCUUCAUCUUCAAUUGGACGAGCAGUUCGUCAAACCCUAAAUGCCAUUGGUUCAGCUCUCAUUGCAAGCCAUUUUUCGAAGGUGUUCGAAUUCAUGCCAAUGGUGCUAGGUGGAAUCGGAGUUGUUGUUCUCGUUGGGGGGAUACAUUUGGUAUAUUUGGGAACUGUGUGA